CUUCCAGUCUUGCUGGUCUAGUUCGGUAAGUGAAAACUGAAAAAUCUGAAGCCGCCCACUAAUUUCGUCAUUUUUGUGAUAGUGAAAAGUGUAGCAUUUCUCCUGUCUGAAACCCUGAUUGCAUCGUGCUCAUAGCUCCCUUUGGCAAUUAUCGUUCAUCCUAUCGCGCAAUACGACAAGUGCUUAUCAUCCACUCACAUCAAAAUUUGAGUGUGUGGCUCCAUAGCAACUUCCCUCUGCAUCCUGCAUUUCUAAUCUACUUUGUGUUAAAAAUGGCCGCAUCACCAGCUUUGAAAGACUUGCCGAAAGUUGCAAGUGAUCUCAAAAAUCAACUGGAAGGCUUCAAAUCCGAUUCAAUGAAACAUGCCGAGACAGACGUCAAAAACAUCUUACCAUCAGCAGAAGACGUUGCCGCUGAGAAAACUCAAAAAGCCCUGCUACAAGGAGUAGAGGACUUUGACACGAAAAAGCUGAAACACACGGAAACUCAAGAAAAGAAUCCCCUCCCUGAUAAAGAAGUUGUUCUUCAGGAAAAGCAACACCUAAACCUUUUGGAAGGAGUGGAGCAGUUUGACAAAGCAACAAUGAAACACACCGAAACCCAAGAAAAAAAUCCCUUGCCAGAUCCUGAAGCUAUCGAAGCUGAGAAGGAACAGAGGAAACUCAUCAAUGGUAUUGAGACUUUUGAUACCUCAAAACUAAAACACACGGAAACAAUAGAGAAAAAUCCUUUGCCAACAAAAGAAGCUUUGGCGCAGAAAGACUGAUCCAUCUCAAUGAUUUUCAAACUGAAGUUCUGCUAAAUUUUCAAUCUGUCAAGCAGUAGUUCAUCUUAAAUUUUAGUUUUGGAUGGUGUAUAAAUGAUCUAUGGAAGUCCGAUGCCAAAAACAAGUAAUUGUUAAUUUAUUCCACCCACUUUCAAAUUAUUGUUAAUUUUAUGAAUUAUGCACUAAAAAUGUAUGUGUUAGUUCGAAAAAGUGCCAAAAGAAGUACAUCAAUGUUAGGUUGCUACUGUAAAGGCACGUAAGUGUGUAAACCCACAUGAUGAGGUUGCAUUUGAAAAAAAGUGUUGGGAGCUCAAAACCAGGUAGUGAAUGAAAGUGGCCAAGUUGUGCAAAAGGAAGAAAUAAUCUUGUAUUGAGGCUCCAAAAUGCAACCCCAUACUUUUUGAACAUUCAUUCAUUCCAAAUCACCCCAAAGUAAUAAAGCAUCUCUUUUAUAUCCUCCAAAUUUAUUUUGAUGAUUUAUUCAAUUUUUAUAUUUAUAUUUUCUCUUUUGUAUUUUUAUAUUUUCUUAAAGAAAGAAUGUAAAAAUCAUAUUUAUUUAUAUUUUUAUAUGCUUGUGGUGUAACUUUUUACUAUUUUUAAUUUGUAUUGAAAAGACAAAUGGCUACAAAUUCUAAGCAGGUUAGGAGCCAUUCAGUUAUUUUAAAUGCACUUUUUCCACUUCAGGUUUUUAUUCCACUCUAAACCCUUUAAUGCACUGUGAAUGGAAACCCAACCCCCAAGUCUUUUACGAUUUUCAUGGUGCACAAUAGAUGUACUGUUCACUCUUUAUUAUUUAAAUCUGAUACAAUGUUUUUCUUAAUUGGAUUUUUCUUAGGGAGAAGCUCCAAUUUUUCUAUUCUAUGUGUAUUAUUAUUUUUCUCUACGUUAUGCUUGAUUUGAUCCCUCUUUCCACACAAGAGUAUGCAGACUUAGAUCCUGUCUGUCUUUAAACACUUACAUUGUGCAGUACUUGAAUGGUCCAUUGUUCAAUUAUUUGAAACCCCUCAGUGUUUUUAUUCACAGUUUUGCACUAUGUCUGUUGGCACAUAACUUAUCAACAUUGAUUUCAUAGAAAAACAUUUUUUGGGUGGGAGUGCAUUACUGUUUCAUCAUUACCUCGAGUUACUGAGUAACCUCGAGUAACCAGAAUCAAAGGCUUAUUUUCAUACAACCCACUUUGAUUGGGUGCAUUUCAUCCCUAAUAUUUUUACCUGAACAUAAAUCUCUAAGCAAUAAAAGUUUUUAUUUUAAGAAAAAGAAAAGUAAAGUUAAGCGAUUCAAUUAAAAUGCUUUUAUUAAUGUCCUUUACAACCUAGUCUGUCUUGAUACCUUUUAGUUUACCUCCUUCCACAGCAAUCACAAUCUAAGUAAUGCCCAAUGUAGAUUAAACAUUCAAUUAAACUUCCUGGACGAUGAUAACAGACCAUGUAGGAACUGAUUCCCUUUUAGCCGUUACCUUCCUUCACACUAAGUGCAAUUGAGAUUCUAUGUUGAUGGCUGGAACUACCCGGUGUAAAUUAUACCAAGAUCCAUCAAUGAUUCCGUCUGAUAAAAUAUUUUCAAGUAACAGUAGUUGUCAGGAUUUUAUAUUAAGUGUUAUUUAAAGUCUCAUCCUAAUUCUUUAGGUGAUUGCCAUGUGAUAAAUAUUAUUUUUUUGUAAGAUCAAAAUUGUUUUAAGCUUUUUAUUAACUAUAUACUUAUUUUUCCUCAACAAAGUCACCCCUCUUGUAUCAAUAAGGAAAACCCUUAAUAACAAUUUUUAUUUUUCAAGAACUUUUUGAAGGUCCUGGUCCUUUUUUCAAAUGUCUAGUCUUGAAGAGUCACUGUGCCUCACUGCCCCCCAUUGCUUUUAACUUUUUUCCUCUUUUUGGACUUAAAUUUUCUUUUCAAGUAACUUGAUUUCAGAGCUAAGCUCCUAUUAGCUUCCAAGACAAAUUGUCUCUCCUGAAAUGCUCAAAAGUUGCAACAAAGAUCAGUUAAAUUUUUUUCACUGACCCUGGCAUUUUGCCACAAUUACUUUAUUUUCAAUCACCUACUGACACAUGGUUGUUGAAAAAUCAGUAUUUUCUUAAUUCUUUUUGGCUUCUUGCAAUCUAUGUAAUUAAUCUAACCGAAUCUCAUUUUAUAUUUUGUCUGAAUGUAAGUUUUUGUCAGCAAAUUAACUGAAAUGAAAGACUUUUUUGAUAAUAUGUGAAUAAAAGUGAUACUUAAUUAUGUUUGGAUAAAUCUCCCUUUUCCUAAGAAGCACUCUCUGAGUGAGUAAAACUUAGGACCUGCCUUCAGAGAGAAAAAAUUCUGCCAUUAUUAAGGAGAGCGCAAUAUCCCAUUAAAAAGGUAACAAUAAAAUCCUUUGCCUUUGUAUUGAGGUUGGAAACAAAGAAAGAAAAAGUAAUCCAUAUUUGCUCAUUAGAUGUUUGAAUAAUGGGUAGAAAUGAAAUAAUCUGAUUACUUACUCUUAUUAUGAGUACCUCCAAAGAGAGAUAUAGGACCGGCCCUUCUCCUUGUCGCAGCUGGAAAUAUAACUUUCAUUGGGGUUGUGACAGGGGAGGGGAAGUAACAGCUGUUUGGUCAACCCACUCCACAUCUAUCUUGACACUAUAGUACUCUCUUAGGCAUUCCAUUAAUAGAGGUAUGGAUGGGCAACCCAUCAAAUGUUUUUAAUUCAGCUUUUUUUCCAUUACCAUCAUUUUACUGUAGAAACUUUAAUUUCCUUAAUUAUAUGAGGGCCUCUAAAUCAAUUCAGUUAUUAAUCUUUUUAAAUUUACAUAAUCAAAAAUUACUUGUCAAGGAGAGUGAAUAUGACUGGGACACAAUGGAGGAAACUGAAGACUAACAAAGAAUUAGUGCGCAUAUUAUUGCUUUCAAACUAUGAUUCCUGUAUGCAUUUGUAUUUAUUCUCUUAUUUUUAGUUACUCAUGUUUAAUAAAGCUUUAUUUAAAUAAAAAA